CUGUUUAAUAAUGUAAACUCUAAGCGAUUGUUUCACUUGCUUGCUCUCUGGACUGGCUCUGUCCAAAACACAAAACCUCCAUGCAUUCGCACAGCCGUUUGAUGCAGCUCAAGGUCAAACAUCUGAUGGUCCACAAGCGGCGGCUGGUCGAAGUUCCUGAUAACGCCACUCUAGCAGACGCCUUGAACACCAUGACUAUUCUUGGUAUCAAACCGGUGGCAAACCGAGUUAGAGCUGUGCCGGUAGCUGCGAAACCAGACCAAUGGCUGGGUGCCGGCGGGUCAAUGAUAGUAGAGUCGGACAAACAGAGCGGGAGUGCAAGGAAACAGUACAUAGGAGUGGUGACGAUGCUGGACGUUGUGGCUCACAUCACCGGAGACGACGGCGAGAGUGGGCUCGAUAAGAAAAUGGCUGCUCCUGUCUCUUCUAUCAUUGGUCAUUGUCCUGAGGGUCUCAACCUCUGGUCUCUCAAUCCUAAUACCAGCAUAAUGGAUUGUAUGGAGAUGUUGAGUAAAGGAAUCCACAGGGUAUUGGUUCCAUUGGACAGUAACAUAGAAAAUAUAACAGGACCUGAGUUGGUAGAGUCAGCUUCUUCUUACGCAAUGCUGACUCAGAUGGAUCUGAUCUCUUUCUUCCUCAACUGAUCCUCUGAAUUCCAUGGUAUCCUCUCCCAUACCAUCACUGAUCUCUCCGCUAUACAUAACACCGUUUUAGCCCUCACUAGCCAGGCAAGAGUGAAAGAUGCAAUUAAAUGCAUGAGUACAUAAAUGCUCAAUGCGGUUCCUAUCGUUGAAGCCUCCACCAAGGAAGAGGAUCAUAAACAGCUCGUCGACGGGAAAAACCGGAGAGUGUUGUGGACAUUCUCGGCUAGUAAUCUGAAGGGAUGUCAUUUAGCCACGUUGUGUUCUUGGUUGCCACUAAAUGCACUAGAUUUCGUCGAGAAAAUCCCAAGAACUCCCUUGUUCACCGCUGCCACCUCAACACCAAGGAGGGAGCUUGUGACGUGUCACGUGACAUACCUUGCCCAAGUGAUCCAUAUGGUCACCACGAAACGUAUUCACAGAGUUUGGGUCGUGGACCAGAACGAUAGGCUACAAGGCCUAGUUUCUCUUACUGACGUCAUCGCUGCGGUCCGAUCAGCUUUACUUGCCAGAGCUCAGGAUCUGUACCUCUAGCUUUCAGUCUUCUCUCGAAUUAAUCAAAUUUUCUUUGUUUUGUUUCUUCGAAAAUUUUCAU